AUGACUUGCGAAAUCCCCAUCCCUCAUGGAGUGCCAGAGGGUGACUGUGAGGAAGUUUCCAAUUGCUACGAACUAUGUGAAACAAUUGGGACAGGUGGAUUUGCAAAGGUAAAACUUGCGCGACAUAUCCUCACUGGUGAAAAAGUUGCAAUAAAAAUCAUGGACAAGCUGGCUCUAGGGGAUGACUUGCAUCGUGUUAAAGUAGAAAUCAAUGCCAUGAAGAGCCUCAGUCACCAGCACAUUUGCCGGUUGUAUCAUGUGAUAGAGACAUCCAAGAAAAUAUUCAUGGUCUUAGAGUACUGUCCUGGAGGAGAGCUCUUUGACUACAUAAUUUCUAAGGACCGCCUUUCAGAAGAGGAAGCUCGCAUAUUUUUUCGGCAGAUUGUGUCAGCGAUUGCUUAUGUCCACAAGCAGGGGUAUGCCCACAGGGAUCUCAAACCGGAAAAUCUACUGAUUGAUGAGCAACAUAAUUUGAAGCUGAUAGACUUUGGGCUCUGUGCAAAGCCAAAGGAUGGCCUUGAUAACUAUCUGAGAACAUGCUGCGGAAGCCCAGCUUAUGCAGCACCAGAGCUGAUCCAGGGCAAAGCAUAUAUUGGCUCAGAGGCAGAUAUCUGGAGCAUGGGAGUGCUGCUGUACACUCUGCUGUGUGGCUUUCUCCCCUUUGAUGAUGAAAAUGUCAUGACUCUCUACAGGAAGAUAAUGAAAGGAAGAUAUUCUAUUCCAAAGUGGCUCUCUCCUAGCAGUACUCUACUACUUGACCAAAUGCUGCAGGUGGACCCAAAGAAGCGGAUUACAGUUAAACAUCUAUUAACUCACCCUUGGCUCAUGCAAGGUUAUUCUGAUGCUGUUCAGUGGCAAAGUAAAUGCACGCUGGGACACCUCGAUGAAGACUGCAUAACAGAGCUUUCUGUGUUUUAUAAACAGAGCAAGGAGACUAUAUUGGAACUAAUAUCAGAGUGGAAGUAUGACCAGAUGUCAGCAACAUAUCUCUUGCUUCAAUCCAGGAAGGCUCGUGGCAAGUGUGUUCGCUUAAGGGUUCCAGGUCCGACAGGACAUGUCAGCACAAAGCAAUCAGCUGGCCUCAAGUCUGAAAAAACUAUGAUGCAUGAAGAUGUGCCACACUGCGGUGAAGUGCCAUACGUGUCGGGAUCUGUGGAAUUUUCUGGUGCAGCUUCACUCUUGGAAGAAUCUCCAUUCAGAGAUUUUGCUCUAAAUACUCACAGAACAAAGCAACAUUCAAGGCAUGAUGCUCAACUGGAUGAUACAGAAUUCACACUGUCAACUCCAGUGACAAGAGAAGUGGCACCAAAGAAGCAUGAAAACAAAGAGAAUGCUGAUACAGCGUCAGCUUUAAGAAAUGAAAUGCCCUUUGCGCUUUCCACACCAAAGACUCCUUUCGUGAGGAGUCGGGUUGAGAGUGAAGAACAAACCAAACCCUCUCAUGCACCUGCCUCCAGAGAGAGCCGGUUCACUACAGUUACCCCAAUUAAGAAACGCAGAAACCCAACAAACAUAGAUGAAUUGAGAGCAGCUGAGAUUCUUCCAGAAACAAGGUGUCAUUCACCAGAGUUAGAUAUCAACGUAGCCCAUGUGCAUAGCAUCCACAAGACGAGAAAAGCCAAAAUAUUCGGAGGUCUUGAAAGAGGCCUAGACAAAGUGAUCACAAUGCUUACGCCGAAUAAAAGGAAACGGUUCUCAAGAUAUUGCCCAAGGAAACUUAAGGAACACUGUAAUGUUACUGCCACUAAGCUCCUGAAUCCAGACCAAGUGUUAGAUGAAUUGAUCAGUGUUCUUUCAGAGAAGCAUGUGGAAUUCGUUCAGAAGGGUUAUGCCCUGAAGUGUCAAACACGGUUGAAUUUUGGCAAAGUAACCGUGGAGUUUGAGUUAGAAGUGUGUCGGAUCGGUAAAUCUGAAGUGGUGGGUAUCCGGCGACAGCGGCUUAAAGGUGAUGCCUGGGUCUACAAGACACUGAUGGAAGACAUCUUAUCGAGCUGCCAGGUGUGACUGGCUGAUGCACUGCUGAGAAAGCAGCAUUGUGCUGAGGCCUUAAUCAUCACGUUUUGGAAGGGUCUGUUCAGAAAAGUAAUUCUGUGUCACA